AUGCCGGGCUUUGCGGAAGGGAGCCCUGGCUCCAAGCCUGCAAGGAUGGGUCGGAUGGGCGAGGCCAAUCUGCAGCACCUUUUGGGCCUUGACGACAUCAGCUCGCAUGCUCGGCGACGAGCCAGCAUGCUUGAAGCUGCGAAGGCACACGAGGAGAUGCCGGCACCAGGGCGCAGGGCCAGGUGUCGAACGCAGACCCGAAUUGUGCAGAAAGGCCGGAUCCAGCCUGAGGUCAAACAGCUUUAUUGCCGAGAGAAAGUCCGAGAAGUGUCUUCUCGCCUUACGGACCUCGUCAUCUGCUGCCUGGGAUGGCAGAUGCUUCAAAGCUCCUUCCAUAGCUGGAGAGACCAAGCUCGCGUGCGCGAACGACGGCAGCUGCAGGAAGCUGGAAGUGCCUGUCAGCAAGCAGUGUCAAGGGCCCGGGCGGCGAUGCUUGAGUCAACCAUUCUUCAGGCUUGGCGGUAUCUUGCCUCGCGGACACACACCGCAUGGAGACUGCAGGUUGUUGCCCGCAACUGGGAGCACCAUAUUGAUAAGAAGGCCUUCGUGCUUGUAGUCCAGUCCUGGUUCAACUUGGCGAAAAUGGAAGCAAACCGGCGGGCUGCGCAGGCCAAACGAUCAAGCUUCCAUUCCCUUCGGCGGGUGAUCUUGCUGCUUUGGGCAUCAUGUGCGGCUAGAAGUCUGUCGCUUGAGAAGGUGACGAGGAUUGUGCACAGCAUCCACCAGACCUACUUAAUGAUGCAUGUUCUGCGGCUGUGGAGCUGCAAGUCCCCGGCAGAGGACACCAGAAGCAACAUGCUUCCACAAGGACAGGGCAUGCCAUCCGCGAAUAUGCAGGUGCUUCUCAGGAGAGUCUGGCACAGAUGGUUCGCGGCGGUUUUGGUGAAAGUGCCGAGCAGGCCAAAGGCGGCAGUUGCACUGGCCUGGUCGCGCGAGGACAUGUGCAUCCAGCGAGCAGCUUUGACAGCCUGGCGUGCAACGGUGAUGGCUUUGGAGUACACUCGCGACCUUCGAUUGCUUCAAUCCCGCUUGUCGAGUGCCAUCAACCAUGCCGGUCAUCUUGCACAAUCUCGGCAGGACAUUCGAGGAGUGGUCGUGCUGUUGCAUGUGUUCCUUACGUGGCGUGUUGUCACGCUGCAGGCUUGGCAGGAGCGACUGCAAAGAACUGACGUGGAUUCAUGCUGGCCCGCAGACAGCGCACAGACAGCCAGGAGAAAGGCGGACUUUCAACACCAGGUUAUCCUGGCAUGGCGUGAGAUGAUACAGGUGCCCGUGGUUUCAUCCAGGUGGGGCGCAAAUUCUUUCGAGGAGUGA